AUGAUUGUUCUUCUUAAUUUCCACUCGUCAAUCGAGAACAGCCCUUGUAGUGGAUCGAUUUUAAAUAAUUAUUUCAUCCUAACAGCUGCUCAUUGUAUUGAAAAAAUCGCUCCAUUAUAUAUUACAAUUAAGGCUGGUAUCCAUUAUCCAAUAGAUGAAAAUGCAACCAUUCAUAUCGUAGAUAGCAUCUAUCUCCAUCCUAAGUAUAAAGGUCAUACUGAUGGAUAUGUUAAUGAUAUAGCACUUUUGAAAUUAAAUAAACCAUUGAAUUUCAAUGAUAACCUCUAUGUUACUCCAACAUGUAUACCUACUAUAAAUGCAUCAAGAAAUAUAUCACAAUAUCCGAAAAAUGGUACACGAUUAACUGUAAUCGGUUGGAACUCAAUAAGACAAGGUAAAGUGGAUAUAUUUAAUCCUCUUCAACAAAGAGAAAUCUUCUUUAUUGAUAACAAUAAUCCAAUGUGUCUUCGUUCGUUUAUUGAUCCAGAAAAACAAUUUUGUACUGGUUUUUUAAAAGAUGGUAGAGAUCCAUGUUAUGGCGAUUCUGGUGGACCGAUCUUACAAUGGAUGAGUAAUCGAUGGGAACAGGUAGGUAUAGCAAGUUACUCUAGAUGUGGAAUUCCAGGUUAUCCAAGCAUCUAUACUCGUCUUGCGUAUUAUAUCGAUUGGAUAAAUUCUAUUAUAAUAAGUCACAAUGAAUCAUUAUAUACAGUAACAACUCGCAAUUCUCCAGUUACUUAUAAUUGUGAUAGAAACAAUGUGACAUGUGGUUGUGGAUAUGCAAAUGUUGAAAUAAUUCAAUCUCGUAUUAUUGGCGGUACAAAUGCUGUCGAAGCGAGUUGGACAAUGUUUGUUUCUCUACGUAUUUUAAAUGGCAAUAAACAUUUAUGUGGUGGAACACUUCUAUCAAAUUCAUAUAUUCUAACUGCUGCUCAUUGUGUUCAAUCAUUUUCAUUGAUAGAUCCUUUCGAUUUAACCAUUGUCGCUGGAAUUACUAAUCGUUCUGAUUCUUCUCAAUAUAUUAGUUAUAUUCGUCGAAUUUAUAUACAUCCAAACUUUACGCAUCAAAGUAAUAGAUUUAUAAAUGAUAUAGCCAUAUUAGAACUUUAUGAUCCAUUAUUAAUUGAUUCAAAUCCAUUAUUAAGUAGAACAUGUGUUCCUCACAUUAGUUCAUCUAUAUUAAAUAAUCAAUAUCCUAUAAAUGGUACACGAUUAGUUAUUAUUGGAUGGGGAACAAUUGAACAUGAACAAUAUAUUGAACCUGAUAUUUUACAACAAUUAGAAAUAUUUGUAAUUGAUAAUAAUCAUCCAAUGUGUUCGAAUUUAAUUAAUAAUAUUGAAAGUCAAUUUUGUGCAGGAGUUUAUCAAGAAAGAAAAGGAGAUUCUGGUGGAGCAAUACUUCAAUGGACAGGACAAUAUUGGCAACAAAUUGGUAUCAUAUCUAGUGAUUUUACGUGUGAAAAUAGUAGUAUUCCAAAUAUUUAUACUCGUUUAUCUUAUUAUCGAUCUUGGAUGGAUGAAAUUGUUAGUAAGACUGGUGAACAUCUUGAACCAACUCAUACAAUGUCUAAUACUACAACAAUAACGACAACCAUUUCAUCAUCAUGGUACUACACCAAUAGUACACAAACAUCAAUUGAAACAACACCAAAUAUGAAUUGUUCUUUGAAAUAUCAAUUGAACAUGAUUUUAUUUAAAAUAAUCCUUUUCAUUAUAUUUAUUUUAAUUAAUUAA